UGGUUGUUAAAAGUUUCGAAAGUUAAUUUGAUUUUUCUUCUUCAAACAGAAAACAGAAAAAAAAUUACUAAAGACAACGAUGAAAGCAAAAACCAUUUUCAUUCUAUAUUUAAUCGUUAUUCAGAUAGUCAUUCAAAUGGUUUCAAUGGUUUCAGUUAAAAAAGAUUUAAGAAAAGUAAGAACGCUUAUGAAUUUCAAACGAUCAAAUCAUGGUUGUUCAAGUAAAAUUGAUGUACGAAAAUAUGCUGAAUUGGAUAAUGUUUGUUAUGAAUGUUUUCAACGAUAUCGUGCAGAUUUACUUGACGAUUGUAGAGAUGAUUGUUAUGAUAAUCCAAUAUUCUGGAUGUGUGUCGAUGCAAUGUCAUUGUCAAAUAAAAGACAAUAUUUUAAAGAACUUAUUCAACAGUUAACUGCUAAACACUAACCCCCUAUAUAAUAUGAAUUUUAAGAUUUCUGUUGAAUUUUUAAAAU